AAACAAGUUUUUUUUUAGAAUUUACAUUAUAGCAUUUUACUUGUAUCUAAAUUCCAAAACAAUAAAAACUGAAGAAAAAAAAAACUAUGAUUUUAGAAGGUUACGGCAUUGAAAUCUUAGUGAAUAAUAAUAUUCCUCUUCGAGAAUAUAGCGAACCAUAUGAAACUAGUAAAGAGCAAAUUACAACGAAAUCAAGUCUUAUACACGAUAUUAAAACAAACAAAUGUUACGAAAGUGACAAAACAGUGUUCGUGGCAGUACCAAAACCAGGAAUGGAAUUUACCGUUAAAUUAUGGGCAGAUUCAGCGAAAUGGAAGACUUAUCGAGCACAUGUAUAUAUUGAUGGUACAUGGGAUCAUGUAUCUUAUACAUUAACAGACACGCAUUCAACUAUAAUCGAUUAUUUUAUCAAUGAAAGUGAUAAGAAUAAAUAUAAUUUUUUAUUUGCUCCAUCAUUGUGGGCGGAUGAUGAUUCAAAUGUUAAUUUAAAAGAAAAUAAAAGUCAUGGAUUUGGAAGUAUAUCCGUAGAAUUUUUUGAAGCAGAAUGGACUCUAAAGGAGAACGAAAAGCCUUCUAUAAAUGAUUUUAAUGAUUCCAGUAGCUUACUUUAUGAUACUCAAUUUGAAGAGUCCCCAUUGUCCGAAGAAGGGAAACUGGCAAUAAAAAGGGCAGAUCAUAAUAGUAUAGUAGGAAUUGGAGCUUAUUAUGGAUGGAAAAGUGCUGAUAAACCAUCGGCCGUUCUUACUGUACAUUAUCGUCCUAAAGAAUGGUUAAAAUCGAGAGGCCUUACUCCUGAUCCAUUAUAUUCAAGACUUUCUCCGGAUCCUCUUUCUGAAUCAGGGAGUAGUGAAAAUGAAAUUGAAAAAAUUAAUGAAUCCGAAGAUGAGAUUGAAAGAGGACGUGAACAAUUGAAAAAAAAUCGUUCACGUAAAAGGAAACGUGAUAAACGAAUUACAAAGAAUAAUCAUAGAAAUAUUAACAAAUCCAUUGAAAAAUGUAAUGGAAAAAGGGUGGAUAAUUCAAGAAAAGAUAAUUCAAGAAAGGAUAGAAAGGUUUCAAAUACACCAAACGUCAAAUUUGCGAGAUAUUUUGAAGAAAUAAUUGAAGAAACAAAAUUUAUUGAUAUUGAAGCUGGUUUAAAUAACCCAACUGAAGAAAUAAGACAAAAUAAAAAACUUCGAGAAAUCAUAGAAAUUCUAGAUUCUGAUGAUGACGAUUAAUUCAGUAAGAAAUGUGGGGAUUUUUGUAGAUUAUAUAUGAUAUUGAUAAAAUAAAUUAACAAAAAGAUUCUAUCAUGUUUAAAUAAUGUAAUUUAUUUCUUUAUUUAUUGUCAUUUUUUUUUUAUUUUUUAAAGAGACAACAGAAAAAACAAUUGUAAUAUUAAAAACUAUAUUAUUUAUUUAAUUAAAAAACU